CCGGUUCUUCCGGAAUCCAUCUCCCAAACAGUAGUAGGGGCCAGCCGUCCAAUUGUCCAAGCCCAAAAAAGGAAAUCGCAAAUACAUCUCCACAGACCACGGUCCACAGCGGCAGGGCCCUAAUCGGCAGUCGAGUCGGCCGCCCCAUCAGUUCGUAACUUCCAUUUCCUUCAUCCAGGGUCUCCAAUUUCUCAGGAGCGGCCCUUUCUACACUCCCAACUCCGGGUGAUCGAAAAGAAAAAGAGGAACUUUCUAUUCCCUCUGUCUGUUUUACAUCCUCCGUGAGACUACCGAGAAACACAUUUGGAAGAUGGUGCGGUUACAGCCUGACCCAUUCCUUAAUGAACUUACAAGCAUGUUCGAGCGAACUAUGGAAAAGGGCUCUGUUUGGGUCACACUAAAGCACUCUUCUGAUAAGUCCAAAGCCCAACGAAAUAAACUGAAGACUUCUGGUGAAAAAAUUGAAUAUAAGUGCCUUAUUCGAGCAACUGAUGGAAAAAAGAACAUUUCUACAAUGGUCGGCCCGAAAGAUCACCAGCGUUUCCAAGCUUCCUAUGCAAUUUUAUUGAAGGCUCGAAUGACUGCUUUGAAGAAGAGGGAGAGGAAGGACAGGAAAAAGGCUGCAUAUCCUGAGAAGAAACAAGAAGGCUCUAAGAAGCAAUCUGCUGCUACCAAGGCUUCAUCUUGAAUCAAAGUUUUUCUUGCAUCUUUUCCCAGCUAUGUUUUGUAGGAUAGGGAUUAAAGUUAUCUCCUUUGUCUGGUCCUUGCAAGUUGCAACCAGUGAGAUGAUUCAGGAUUUGUUUCCACAGUAUGAUUACUAUAUCAAAUUAUACGAAAUUGAGUCUAGUUUUUUUUUCUUCCAAAACAUUCUACUCUGUAACCCGUAUAUUAUUAUAUAGGAAAAAGGGUCAAAUAGACCCUUGUACUAUCAUGAAUCCGUCACAUUAGCCUCUCUACUAAUAAAAGGGUCGUUUAAACACAUUUA